AUGAUCUCUUACAAUGCUCGCAACCAGAGAAUAGAAGCCUGGGUCAAUGCGGCCACUGAGGAAAGCGAAGACGCAGCCCCCGUGGAUCCUGAAGCCCGCGACUUGCACGAUCAGGAAAAGGCACAGCGCAUCGAGCAUGAAGAUUUAUGUCGCGAGAACAAGCAGACGUAUAGAGGCGUUCUGUUAUUAUGGCUCGCCUGGCAAAGCGCCGGUGUUGUCUAUGGCGACAUCGGCACCAGCCCUCUCUAUGUUUUCAGCUCGACGUUCACCGAACAGCCAUCAUGGCACGACCUUGUGGGCGCCCUGUCAAUAAUAAUAUGGUCCCUCACACUCAUUGUGACGGUUAAAUAUUGCUUCAUCGUACUAUCAGCCGACGACGAUGGACAGGGAGGCACCUUUGCCCUAUACUCGCUACUUUCCCGAUACGCCAAUAUUGCACGUACAGACCCCAACGGCCCAGAGAGAAUUGUCGUGCGCCUGGACCGCGAAACAGGCGCCGACUUGGCGCCCGCCGGAAGAAUAGCCCGCGACUUCCUGGAGAGAAGCCGUGUUGCCCAGAGCGUCCUUAAGAUUGUUGGUGUAUUGGGAGUUUCCAUGGUUGUGGCCGACAGCAUCUUGACACCCGCCCAGUCUGUACUAGGCGCAGUUCAAGGAAUUCAGGUCAUCCGACCUGACCUUGGCAGGCCUGCCAUUGUAGGAAUCUCUUGCGCAAUCCUUGUUGCGCUUUUCGGACUGCAGUUCUUCGGCACUUCCAAGAUCGGCACCUCUUUUGCCCCCGUCGUUGUGGUCUGGCUUCUCUACAACUUGUCCAUCAGCAUAUAUAAUCUCGUUCAGUACGACCAUACUGUGCUCAAGGCCUUCAGUCCACACUACGCUUUCACUUACCUGAUACGAAACGAAACUCACGGCUGGAAGUCACUUGGUGGGCUGCUACUUGCGUUUACCGGUGUCGAAUCACUUUACGCAGACUUGGGUGCCUUCGGAAAGCGGGCCAUCCAGUUAUCUUGGCUGUUCUUGGCUUUCCCGUGCUUGCUGAUGACAUAUUGUGGCCAGGCAGCUUUCAUCUCACAGGACAAGACUGGACUGGCAUACACGAACCCCUUUUUCCGCACUGUCCCCGAAAACACUUUGUACUUCAGCAUCAUCAUUGCUGUGCUCGCCGCUGUUGUCGCCAGCCAGGCAUUGAUCGUUUGUUCGUUCCAGCUCAUCUCGCAGCUCAUGAGACUAAGUUACUUUCCUCAUAUAAAAACCGUCCACACCAGCCGUCGAUUCCAUGAUCAAAUUUACAUGCCACUUGCGAACUGGCUGUUGAUGAUUGGGACUGUGAUAGUGACGGCUGUUUACAACAAUACAACAAGCUUAGGACACGCUUAUGGCGUGUGCGUGAUAAUUGUCACAUUCAUCACGACCUGCAUGGUAAGCUUAGUGGCGCUCAUCAUCUGGCGGGUACAAUCCAUCGUCGUAUUGCUGGGUUUCCUAAUAUUUAUACUGCUCGACGGCGUAUAUCUAAGUGCAGCACUGAAUAAGGUUCCCGACGGUGGCUGGUUUGCGCUGGUCUUGUCCUUCAUCCUUAGUACGUUUUUCAUGCUUUGGCGAUGGGGCAAAGAGCAACAAUGGGAGGCAGAGCAGAGGGAUAUGGUUGACCCGUCAGAAUUUGUGCUGUCAUCCCGAAGCACUUCCCGCAACAACUCGAUUGCCAGAGGCAUGUCUGGCGAUGGUUCGAUGCGAUCAAUACGAUUCAGGCUUUCACCAGAAUUUGGGGGUGGACAAGUACAGACUGCUCCGGGCCUCGGCAUCUUUUUCGAUAAAGUUGGAGGCACCGGUGAUCAUAUUCCCAAAGUCUUCACACAGUUCAUACGAAAGUUUCAGACGCGACCACAGGUUAUUGUUUUCUUCCAUAUGCGUUCACUAUCGCAGCCUACAGUGCCAUCCGACCAACGCUUCGUCAUUGCUCGAGUUACAACAAAAAUUCCUUCUUGCUACCGGAUCGUACUUAGGCAUGGCUACAUGGACGACAUUCUCACACCUAAUUUGGCACCGAUCAUUGUCAACGAGUUGAUGACCUUUAUUACCAGAGGGCCUUUCCCACCCGACGAGAACGACAUGCCGCCAGAGUUUCGAGGUGAGCUAGAAGCGCUCCGGGCCGCGGAGGAAGCGCAAACUGUCUAUCUCAUGGGUAAGCAGACCAUGAGGGUGCAACAGGCGGAAAAGAUGGGAUUUACAAGGUUUUUUCGCCGAAUAGCGUUGGAGGCAUUCUUAUGGGUCCGCGAAAAUUCGCGAACCAAGCUCGCCAACCUCAAUAUCAACCCGGAUAAUCUGGUUGAGGUGGGUUUUGUUAAGGAAAUUUGA